ACAUGCUCUGCCAUCCACACCGCCUUUCUUCCUCUUCUUUCUGUUUCCUUUUUUCCCCCUUGCUCCUUCUCCCUCUUCUUUGUAACUAACAAAACCACCACCAACUCCUCCUCCUGCUGCUGCCCUUCCUCCUCCUCCUCAGUCCAAGUGAUCACAAAAGAAACCUUCUGAGCCGGAGGCGGUGGCAUUUUUAAAAAGCAAGUACAUUGGAGAGAAAGAAAAAAGAAAAACAAAAGCAAAACAAAACCCAGGCACCAGCCAGCCAGCACAUUUUUUUUACCCCUCCUGAAAACAAACAAACAACCAAACAACCAUCAAAACAGUCACCACCACCAUCAUCAAAACUGUUAACAUAGCAGCGGCGGCAGCAAACGUCACCCUCCGGCCACGGCGUCCACCUAAAGGGAUGGUUUUCUCGGCAGAGCAGCUCUUCGCCGACUACCUUCCUCACUCGUGCUGAGCGGGAUUUUGGGGCUCUCCGGGGUUCGGGCUGGGAGCAGCUUCAUGACUACACGGAGCGGGAGAGCGGCUACACCAUGCGAGCACAAAUUGAAGUAAUACCAUGCAAAAUUUGUGGCGAUAAAUCCUCUGGGAUCCACUACGGAGUCAUCACGUGUGAAGGCUGCAAGGGAUUCUUUAGAAGGAGCCAGCAGAACAAUGCCUCUUACUCCUGCCCGAGGCAGAGAAACUGUUUAAUUGACAGAACCAACAGAAACCGUUGCCAACACUGCCGACUGCAGAAGUGUCUUGCCCUAGGAAUGUCGAGAGAUGCUGUGAAGUUUGGGAGGAUGUCCAAGAAGCAAAGGGACAGCCUGUACGCUGAGGUGCAGAGGCACCAGCAGCGGCUGCAGGAGCAGCGACAGCAGCAGAGUGGGGAGGCGGAAGCCCUCGCCAGGGUGUACAGCAGCGGCCUCAGCAACGGCCUCAGCAACCUGAACAACGAGGCCGGUGGCACCUAUGCCAACGGACACGUCAUUGACCUGCCCAAGUCCGAGGGUUAUUACAACGUGGAUUCCGGCCAGCCGUCCCCUGAUCAGUCAGGACUUGACAUGACUGGAAUCAAACAGAUAAAGCAAGAACCUAUCUAUGACCUCACAUCCGUACCCAACUUGUUUACCUAUAGUUCUUUCAACAGUGGGCAGUUAGCGCCAGGGAUAACGAUGACUGAAAUCGAUCGAAUUGCGCAGAACAUCAUUAAGUCCCAUCUGGAGACAUGUCAAUACACCAUGGAGGAGCUACACCAGCUGGCGUGGCAGAUCCACACGUAUGAAGAAAUUAAAGCGUAUCAAAGCAAGUCCAGGGAAGCACUGUGGCAGCAAUGUGCCAUCCAGAUCACUCACGCCAUCCAAUAUGUGGUAGAGUUUGCAAAGCGAAUAACAGGCUUCAUGGAACUCUGUCAAAAUGAUCAAAUCCUACUUCUGAAGUCAGGUUGCUUGGAAGUGGUUUUAGUGAGAAUGUGCCGUGCCUUCAACCCAUUAAACAACACUGUUCUGUUUGAAGGAAAAUAUGGAGGAAUGCAAAUGUUCAAGGCCUUAGGUUCUGAUGACCUAGUGAAUGAAGCAUUUGACUUUGCAAAGAAUUUGUGUUCCUUGCAGCUGACUGAAGAAGAGAUUGCUUUGUUCUCAUCUGCUGUUCUGAUAUCUCCAGACCGAGCCUGGCUGAUAGAACCAAGGAAGGUCCAGAAGCUUCAGGAAAAAAUUUAUUUUGCACUUCAACAUGUGAUUCAGAAGAAUCACCUGGAUGAUGAGACCUUGGCAAAGUUAAUAGCCAAGAUACCAACCAUCACGGCAGUUUGCAACUUGCACGGGGAGAAGCUGCAGGUAUUUAAGCAAUCGCAUCCAGACAUAGUGAAUACACUCUUUCCUCCGUUAUACAAGGAGCUCUUUAAUCCUGACUGUGCCACCGUCUGCAAGUGAAGGUGACGAGCGAACUGUCUCAUAGUCAUGGAAUGCAGCACCAUUAAGACAAAAGCAAUGUGUUCAUGAAGACUUAAGGAAAAUGUCACUACUGCAACAUUAGGAAUGUCCUGCACUUAAUACAAUUAUUUUUCACCGCUACAGUUUGAAGAAUGUAAAUAUGCACCUGAGUGGGGCUCUUUUAUUUGUUUGUUUGUUUUUGAAAUGACCAUAAAUAUACAAAUAUAGGACACUGGGUGUUAUCUUUUUUUUUAAUUUUAUUCAGGUAUGUUUGGGGAGACAACUGUUUAUAGAAUUUUAUUGUAGAUAUAUACGAGAACAGAGCAGUACUUUACAUGAUUACUUUUCCUGUUGAUUGUUCAAAUAUAAUUUAAGAAAAUUCCACUUAAUAGGCUUAACGAUUUCUAUGUUUUUAGAUAGUUGAUGCAUGUAUAAAUUUGUAGCUGUCUUGGAAAGCACUGUGCAUGUAUGUAAUGAGUAUAUAAUAUCUGAGAAUAUUAUAUAUGACUAUUACUUAUACAUGCACAUGCACUGUGGCUUAAAAUACCAUACCUACUAGCAAAGGAGGUUCAGUCAGGCACUAUUAUGUUAUUUACCUUGUGUUAUAUGUUACCUUUAUGUUAGACAAUCAGGAUUUUGUUUUCCCAGCCAGAGUUUUCAUCUAUAGUUAAUAGCAGAAUGGUACCAAUUCAGAAAUUCUACAAAGGAAUAAAUAUAAUGCAUGACCUCUGUAUAAAAACUCUGUUUCGAUCAGUGACAUCAAAGCCUUGUCAAGAUGGUACAUACUGGAAAAAAAAAAUAAGUAUUUGGAGCCAUUUUCCUGUUUUAAGAAUUAGGCCACAGAUAACAUUGUGGAGUCCAGGGCUUUUUUGACCAAACAAUAGAUAUUUCCACCAGGACACAUAAAACAGUUUUUUUUCUUUGGACUUCAAGUUGUGAAAGAACCUUCAUUUUGGUGCUUAUUGUAUCUUUAACAGAGAAAUACAGUCUGUAGAUUAUGACCACCAGCAAUUUUUGCUAAUAAAAUUAGAGGAAAAGAGUAGGUCAGAGCCCAGGGUCCUAGUGCCAUUUCAUGUAAACAUUUUCCUCUCUAACCAUUUAUUUUAUUUUCAAAGAAGAGGAAGAUAGAGAAUAUACAAAGUAAAGAAGUAGUUCUUUAUGUUCAUUCUCUUUAAUAACUUUGUUGUUAGAGAAAGCAGCAAUAAAGGGGGAGGCAGGGUUUUCUACAUCCUUCUAGUCUGAGGUCUCUAAUUUUUUCAACUCCAAAAUGCUGUAUUAUAAAAAUAUAGCAAAACCUUGAUAGAUUAGAAUAAAAGAUCUGGGUUAUUCUACAGAACUAAUCCACCUCAAAGCCAAAACUAUUUCCUAUGCCGUGUGAAAUUGCAUCAUCCAUCUAGCCGGGGAUUAUUUUUUUUAGCAACUUUUAAAAGUACAGAAUGCAAGAGGUGAGAUCAGGAUUAGACAAUCUGGAUUUCCUAGUACUUCCUCACUUCUCCACUUGCUCACCAAUCAAAGCAAUCACCAGAAAAGCAUAAAUUCCAGGGAGUUUGUUCUGCCUGUGUUCUGGAGGCCUUAUGCCUUUGGUCUCAUUUGAUCCAAAAUUAGAUUUUUUAAAAGGGAGCUAGAGAAGAGCUUAGUGUACAAGACAAUGAAUAUUAUGAUCUCCUGUAAGUGUAGUCUGGCCAUCAACUCAUGAAGACCUGCCCUUUUCUCCUUGUCCAACACACACACACAAAUGCACACCUGCUUUGUGAAGUUUCCAUCAGUGGAAACUUUGAUUUUUUUUUUUUUUGAUCUCUUAUACUCUCCUGAAGUUAGAUGAUUGAGAGCCAUCUCCAUGAUGCCACAGAACUGUAA